GGACCGGAAAAGGACGGCGGUCGCCAUGGCGAGCCGCAGGCAGGUUUUGAAGCUUUUUAAAUUAUUACACAGAACCCGGCAAGAAGUUUUUAAAAAUGAUGCCAGAGCCCUCGAAGCUGCAAGACAAAAGAUAAAUGAGGAAUUUAAAAAUAACCAAGAUGAGACAUCUGAAGAGAAGAUAAAUGAGCUUCUGAAAAUAGCUUCAGAUGUUGAAGUGAUUCUCAGAACUUCUGUUAUUCAGGCAGUUCACACAGAUUCCGACAAAAUAUUGCUCAUACCCAGGAAAGAUCUGCUACAAGACAACACUCCUUACUUUGAUAAACCAACAAAAAAGCAUGAAUCCUGAGGAAAGUAUGCCCCUCUCCCCAGAAGGUUAAUAUCCUGUAAUGAGAUCUCUGAAAACCAAUAGUGGAUACCUGUUUUAAAGCUAAAUUUUAAAAACAGUUAAAUAUUGUUACCAGGGAAACAGAGGCUAAAAGUAAGUCACCGAUGUUACUGUGUGCUGUGAUACCAUCAUGCACGUCUUCUGUGGAAGAUACUAAUAGUUCCACAGAAACUCAAGACGCAUAGUUCUCUUAAUACACUGCUGAAUUGUGUUACGUCAGCCAGGAAUGUUUUUAAUUAUGACAGUCAUCAGAUAGAGAUUGUUUCCUAGCAAUCCAGAGUUUUUAAAAAUGAAAUACAAAUUAAAUGCAGUUCUUAAUCCUGAUAUUUAUUUAUAAAUUUAUUGUCAAUCAUAUGCUGCUUUGAAGUAAUGAAAAACCAUCUUGUGGCACUUACCAUUGAAUUUAUGCUUUGCACCAAAAGCAUGAUUUCUGAAGUUGUCAUUAAUUGUACACUAAUAUACUGUGAUGUUUGAGAGAGUUCUUAAGGUUUAUCUGAAUAAAUUAUUCAGGUUUUACGGA